GAUUCAUAAGUCUAUAUGGUUAAUGUCCGAAGAUAAACGAUCUUCAGCCUUCAAUCGGACAUUAACCGACUAAUCUCGACAUUAACACAUGUGUCUUGUUAAAGUCCACAUUUUUUUGCGUAUUCAAGUGACAUUCGUGCAAGAAGUGUAGUUAUUUCAAAAUGAAAAUUUAAGUAAUCAAUAUGUCCAAUGAAUUUAAAGACCGGUUUUAAGAGAGUCUUGAUAAAAUUAUUUCCACAAAAAGGGAUGACAACAGUGCUUAUUUAUCUCGUUAAAAAUAUGAUUUUAAUUUUUUGUAAUCAAGUGAAAGAAGCCAAACGACAAGCUAAGAAAACAGCGUUGUCAUAUCGACGUUUGGCCAAAUACGAUGUAGUGAAUGUGGGAAAUGAUUUCAAACUUAUUGUUCCUUUGCAAGAAGGUAAGGAGAAAUUUUUACAUUACGUAAAAAAGAGGAAUUAUUUGAUAUUCUUUAUGAAGCACAUUUAAGUAUUGGCCAUGAAGGAAGAACAAGAAUGUUAAAUUUUUUAAAUGAUAAAUACAAAAAUAUAACAAAAGAAGUAGUAACACUUUUUUUAAAUUUUGCAUACCCUGUCAGCAAAAACUCACGUCAAAAAGAAAAGGCCUUGUUGUAAAACCUAUGAUAUUUUCUGAAAUUAAGAGUCGGAUGCAAACAAAUAAUAUAUCUAAAUGGUCUGAAGGCCUUAAAUUUAUUCAAUUAAUGGAAAACGGGGUCUUUCAUGCAGGAAUAAAAUAGUCUCCCUACGAAGCAAUGUUUGGGUCGAAAAUAAAAGUUGGUCUAUCGGAUUAUAUCUUUCCAAAGGACUGUAUUAAUGAAAUAGAUACAGAAGAAGAACUUCAACAUUUAUUAGAUGAAGUAAAUAGUGUAGAAGGUGUCAGUAAUAAUAGCAAAGUUGCUGGAACAAAUUCAUCGGACUCUCAUAACAAUGAUAAGAGAACUACUACAGGUACAACUUUUAUAACCAGUUCAAACAAACCAAAUGAAAAUGACAAAUUUAGCUCUUCUGUAAACAUUAUUCCUCCAGUUAUCACAGAAGUCGCUGACAAAUAUGAAGUACCAAACGAAACUAACCAUUCCAAGACAUCUGUAAAUAUUGUUCUCCCAGUGACGCCAGAAAUCGAUGAAACAAACGAAGUUCAAAGCAAUUCCUGGUCUUCUGUAAAUCUUCUUCCUCCAGUUAACCCAGAAGUCGGAGGAACACUUGAAGAUUCAAAUGAAUUUAACGAAACGUUAAAUGAGAAUCUUAUACCAAAUAAGCGCCUAAUUUGUUGUGGUGUUUGUGAGUUUGAAUGUUCGAACGGUUGCGUCUGUAUCUCGUGCAAUAUGUUUGUUCAUACAGACUGUUGUGCUGAAAUUAACGAAAAUAAUAAAAAUGAUUUAAGGUGCCUAAUAUGUUGCCGAAAGGAAUCUAUUAUCGUUAAUAGAUUUCAAGCAAAAGAUGGUUUGCUUCAACAAGCAAAAAAAAUGAAACUAAAUUCCAAUAAAUUAUUACCGGCUGCAAAAAUUGGUGAUACUGUUAGAUUACCUGUCCCCGAUGUUGAUAGAGGACGAGCUGAUGCAAGGAAUAUAUUAGGCGUUGUUACGACAGUUGAAGAUAACAUGUAUUACAAAAUCGGGACAGAAAAGGGCACAUUACCACAGUUAUUUACAAGAAAUCAGUUCAGUGUAUGUCCGGCUCCCCUUAUUGCUACCGAAAAAGUUUCAGUUGUUGAAAAAUCUCUUCGUGAGAUUGCAGUGACUUCAUCUCUAUAUUCAUCUCUACUAUGUGGUGGUCAAGGAUACAAAAGAUGCUCGUUCAAAACCAAAUGUGAUUCAAAAAAGUGCUACUGUAAGGCAGCUAAUAUUUUAUGCAACUCUAAGUGUCACGAAGGUUUGUCAUGUUUGAAUAAAUAGCAGGUAUUUUUUAUACAAUUGGCAA